UCUGAGGACGCAGCAGAGGAGCUGAAGACGGAUCAUCAUGAGGAUGGAGCUUUUAUCCAGGAUGAAGGCUGCUGGGGUCGUUACGCUGAUGAUGAUGAUGAUGAUCAGCCUUCAUCAGAUUUAUUCUUCUUCUGCUCAGGAGUGUCCACCCACCCACGAUCUGCUGAACUCGCUGCGGCAGGUGGAGAAGAUGCUGGCAGUCCAUGAGACGUCCUACCAGCAGGGCCUGCGCUCCCUAAAGAAGAAGAUUAGUGUUCUGCACAACAGCACCAUGGCCGUCUUUAAAAUCGCAUCCUGCCCCAAACCGGAUCCCCCCGCUCACGGCCGCAGACUGGGCAGGGUGUUUGGCAUCGGACACGAGGUCCACUUCCUGUGCAAGUCCGGCUACGAGCUGAUUGGUCCUCGGACCCGAGUGUGUCUGGAGUCUCUGAAGUGGAGCGGUCAGCAGCCCAUGUGCAGACGCCUCAACAGCACCGCCAACUCCCUCCCCUCCUUCUCUCCCGCUUCUCCCUCCUCCUCCACCUCCUCUUCAUCAUCAUUUCCUGCUUCUGCUGCUCUGUCAGCAUCCUCUUCAGCAACUUCACUUUCUCACCAAUCACCCACGUCAUCCUCUCCCUCCUCUUCAGUACGACCCUCUCACUGCACGCACUUCCUGGGCUCCACCCGCUGCACCUGUGACGUGGGCUUCACCAUAUCAGGCCGUGACAACAACAUCUGCACAGAUAUAGACGAGUGCCAUCUGUUUCCUCUCGGUCAGCCCGGCCGGCUCUGCGUCCAUCAGUGCGUGAACACACCCGGCAGCUUCCACUGCAUCUGUCCGUCCGGCUACGACCUGACGAGAGACGGCCGUGGCUGCACAGACAUUGAUGAGUGUGAAAACCGGAUGCACAACUGCACAGCAGACCAGCUGUGUGUAAACACCUACGGAGGUUUCCAGUGUGUCACGGUGGAGUGUCCUCGCAUGAAAAACGCAACGUACAUCAAAACAUCGUCCAUGCGGUGUGAGAGGAACCCGUGCAUGCUGGGAGACAAGGCAUGCACUCAGGCACCAAACUCCAUCUCCUUCCACUUCCUCUCUGUAGUGUCCAACAUGUCCGCCCCGCGCAUCCUCUUUCGGGUGUCUGCCGCUCGCGUGCUGGGAGACACGCUGCGAUUCGGCCUCGCAGGUGAUCGCGGCCGGGGCCACUUUAGUGUGCAGCGCUCGGGCAGACAGACGGGCACCCUCCUCCUGGUGACGCCCAUCAAGGGGCCGGCCACGCUAGAGGCCGAGGUGGAGAUGAGCGAGCUGGAGCACAACACCCUGCUGGGCCGCUACCUCACCAAGGUCACCCUGUUCGUGUCUCCGUACGAGUUUUAGAAAGGAGUGAUGACGGUUACCCGGAGUUUGUAGAAGGAGAUAACCUGAACUCUGACUGUACUGAUGAAGAUGUUUCAGGGCAGGAUGAAGAGUGGAUGUGGAACCACCGAGUGUUUUUGACCUCUUUGUAGGUGACUCACUGUAAUUUUCAACUUCUUUUUAAAAAUAUGAAUUUUGUAUAUAGAGCGUAACGUGGUCAGAUUCACGUAGACCUAAUAUUUAGUGUUUAGGAUUUUGAAGUGGGCCUGCUCUGCCUCAUUUUCUUUGCAUAUAUAUAUGUAAUAUGUUGUUUUUGAACAUAACCAGAUAAGUUUCAGAUAAUGAGGUCAGCACAUAUAGAAGUAAACCUCGUGAGACAAAAGCUCAGGCUUCACAAAGUUGUUUUUUUCUACUGUUGAAAUUAUGUCACCGAGAGAGGAUAUUCCUAAUAUGGUCAUCUUAAGCCCCUCAAACACUUUUGUUUUCGUGAAGGACAGCCAAUCAGAGGGAGUUGCCUUAAUAAGAAAGUAUUUUUUUUCAUAAAGACCCUUUACUCUGUUGGGUCCCACCCAGCAUCGCAUCCUUCAAUUUGACGUAUAUUUUAAAUUAUUUUAUACUGAAAGACAAUCUUUAAAAAAAACAAAAAAAAAAAAACACACAUUCUAAAUAAUCUAAUGUUUGUUACAUGUUCGUUUUUAAGAGUCUGUCCUCUUCUAGCUACCAAAGUGACUUCUGUAGAAAGCUAACACUAACUUGGACUCAGAUUGCUAGGAUGCUACGCUACACUGGCGCUACUUAGUGCACCAUGCUAAGUAUUCAUGUUAGAGUACAACCUGUACAUUCUCUUUGGGUUUAGUUCAUAUUAAAAGGUUUAAUACUGCCUUUUAAACUCAUGUUUACACCAAACCUACCUUCAGUCAUACAGAGCUACUCUAGUGGAUGCCGUCAUUAACACAUGGAGCCGGAAAUGAGGAGAAUCAGUGACCUUUGAAGCAAAACAAAAGUCAGCGAACUGGAGCACAAAUUCAGCCAAACCAGUUAAUUAAA